AUGUAUGAAAAAACUUCCCGUUGCACAAGUGUGCUUGAAGGAAAAAUAUCAUGCGAUUCCGAAAAAUUCACGCGUGAGACGAUGCCCGGCGCUCAGUAUUACGAUGGUAAGAAGCUGAAUAUCCCGAUAUCCACGGAAGCUGGAAUGGAACUGCACGAGCGCUGGGCGCACCAGGGAAUUAGCAGUGUUAUGUCUGCCAUCGCUAAGCAGAGUGUCGAAAAUUUGAACGAAUUUGAGAGGAGUCGCUUAUAUAGAUGCUCAAGGUCUGCUGAAGAUAUCUAUGAGCAUGCUAAAUGCGUUAUCAGAGUGAUUGACAUCGAACCACGGCAAAAGCACAUGGAAAAACGUUAG